AUGAGAUGUUUUUUCGAGCUAAUGAUCCCUGAACUCGAUGACAUAACUUAUCUCCGUUUCGCCUCCAUAAAUAAUCUCUGUGCCAAGCUCCUGAACGAUGUUCAAUCCAAGAGUUGCUUUGUUCCUUUGAGCGACGAGAAGCAGAAUUAUAACAUAAUCUUACUCUACCCCUCUUACAUAACAUCCCUCUUGUGCUGUGACGGAAAUAGUCUUAAGGUUACAGAGGAUUUGGUGUGCUUUAGUGGUUUGAUCAAAAACAUCCACAUUGAUAAUUCUAAUGGAUACACGAUGGAUAUCGAACUCAAAUCAAUAACCAGCAAGAUCCUCCAGGGAAUCAUCGAGUUUUGCUCCGAACAUGGUUCAGUUGAUCUUUCUGAGGCUUAUCUGGAGAAAUUCGACUCUGAAUUCGUCCAGCAAUACGAACUCUUGAAUCUAGCUCAAGCUUAUGAGACUUUGAAAAUUCAUUGUCUUCUUGACUUGGUAGCACCGAUGAUUGUUCGCAGGAUCAACCACAAACAAGCCUUAAAGGGAUGGUGGGGUAACCAUGAGGAUUUAGCUACUCGCCGGGUGAAGACGAGGAGAUCAGUGAGGGAUAUAAUACCUUGGGAGGAUGUGAAGCUUGAGAGUCAUGGAGGUGUAGGUCUUGAACCCCCGUUUAGAGAAGCCCGAGACAAACAAAAAUAG